AUCCCGACAACGGCCACCUUUCACUUGUCGCCAGCCUUUCAAGUUGUCAUCACGGCGACGUGUGUUUGUCAAUUCUCCAAGUCGUCGUGUAUUUUUGACGAAUAAAACAUGCAAGGGCCCGCGGUUUUUAUUGAUUUAACGCUUGAAGAUCAGGCGCAAGAGCUGAGAAAGUACUUCAAAAGUUUGGGUGCUGAAAUCUCGCAAGAGAAAUCGACGAAAGGAAUUGAAGAUGAUCUUCACAAAAUUAUUGGUGUCUGCGAUGUUUGCUUCAAGGAUGGCGAUCCAAAUGAGAUCGACGCUAUUUUGAACAGUAUUGUGUCGAUUAUGGUUUCGAUCCCAUUGGACAGAGGGGAAAAUAUUAUUCUAGCCUUCUGUGAAAAACUCACCAAAGCUCCAGACAUACCAUUGGCUAGAGUUUGCCUUCAAUCACUCUGGCGUUUGUUCAAUAACCUCGAGCCCUCUUCACCACUUCGCUACCAUGUCUACUACCAUUUGGUCCAGGUGGCCAAGCAGUCCGGCCAAGUGGGUGAUGUAUUCUACGGCGUCGACCAACUCAAAUCCCAAUUUGCGCAAUGUCCGCCAUCCAGCGAACAAAUGCAAAAAUUAUACCGAGUCCUCCACGACGUUCUUAAGGACACAAACAGCGAGUUGUCAUCGAAAGUUAUGAUCGAAUUGUUAGGAACCUAUACUGAUGCCAACGCAUCAGUAGCUCGUGAGGAUGCGAUGAAAUGUAUCGUAACAGCUUUAGCCGACCCCAACACUUUCCUCCUCGAUCCAUUGCUCUCGUUGAAGCCUGUUCGUUUCCUCGAAGGCGAAUUGAUCCACGACUUGUUGUCCGUCUUUGUAUCUGAGAAGCUUCCUGCCUACAUGAAAUUCUACAAGGAACACAAAGAAUUUGUGAAUUCACAAAUCGGCCUCAACCACGAACAAAACAUGAAGAAGAUGCGUCUUCUCACUUUCAUGCAAUUGGCCGAGAGCAAUCCAGAGAUGACCUUCGAACAGCUCCAGGCUGAGCUACAAAUUUCAGAAAACGAGGUUGAGCCCUUCAUCAUUGAAGUGUUGAAAACGAAGUUAGUACGAGCCCGCUUGGAUCAGGCCAAUCGCAAGGUUCACAUUUCAAGUACAAUGCAUCGGACUUUUGGAAUUCCACAAUGGCAACAAUUACGUGAUUUGCUGGGUGAAUGGAAGACGAAUUUGAACACGGUACAAGACGGUAUGGUGAAGGUUGCACAGGCUCAAGUUGAAUUGACUAGGAAACAAAAGGCGGCGUAUUAGAUUGAGUUGUGGGGACGUGGAUGUGGAGAAUUUAUUAGUCACACGCGGUCUGAAUAAAGAAAUUUUCAUACACAAGAUUAAAUUAGAAUAUCUUCCGUUGUAUUCUGAGUAAAUAAUAAAACCUUUUUAAGACAUGAAA